UGAAUAGCCAACUUUAAAGGGUGAAAUAUAUUUUAUAAUUCAUUAUAUAUUCCACUCAUUCUUCCCUUCAUGUUAUUCAUAUAUAGUGUCCGUCAUCUUUAUCCGGUCCAACACAUAUAUCAAAGAGAAAAAAUCAUUCUCCCCUUCUGACCACCAUGUGCACGUUAGAAAAGUCAGGCAACAUCUUCUAUCUUACGCUUACCGGAGACGAUGAGCACCGACUGAAUCCUACUCUCAUCGCUACGAUCCGUUCAUUGGUAGCCGAAGUUAAAUCCCAAGCCGUGAAGGGUUCCGUUCUGAUCACAAAAGCCCAAGGCAGGUUCUUCUCUAACGGCUUUGAUCUAAAGUAUGCACAAGCCGCCGGUUCAGCGCAAGCUGCCAAAGAUCGGCUACACAACAUGGUGGCCUUGUUCAAGCCGCUGGUCGCCGAUUUCCUAUCACUCCCAAUUCCGACCAUCGCCGCCGUCACCGGCCACGCUGCGGCGGCGGGGCUGCUGCUAGCUAUAUGCCACGAUUAUGUAACCAUGAGAUCUGAUAAAGGAGUGGUGUAUAUGAGCGAGUUGGAUAUAGGGAUGACUUUGCCGGACUAUUUUACGGCGAUGAUAAGGUCUAAGGUUGGAUCCGCAGCUGCUCGGCGGAAUAUGGUUUUGAAAGCAGCGAAAAUGAAGGCGGAGGAGGCGGUGGCGAUGGGAAUUGUGGAUUCAGCGCAUCCUACGGCGGAGGAGGCGGUGGUUGCGGCGGUGAGACUGGCAGAGGAGCUGGGGAAGAAGCGUUGGAAUGGCAAAACGUAUGCAGAGCUGAGGAAAUCGUUGGUUCCGGAAGUGUGUGGAGUUUUAGGGUUGAAACAUAGUGCUGUCUUGCCUUCACGCUUUUGUUACAGACGGGGAGAGGGAGUGCAAAAUAGAUAAAGCAAUCAUAAAUAGAGGAAAAUUGGAGAAAUAUAUAUUUGCAACGCUCGUUAAUCAGUUGCUAAAGAAUUGAUUCAUUGGUGUUUACCAGUCACAUAAUGAUACGCGUGGAAGUAAUUUUGAAAGUGAAAGCACGUUGGUUGAUGCUUCUUACUAUUAAAGAAAGAAAAAGAAAGUUCUUUCGUAAAGGGAACAUGAUGUUGCUGAACAUGUCGUCAGCUUUUUCUGGAUUUGCAAAUUUGUGGUUUUCGUUGCUUAGUUAUUGGGAUUAUUUUUCUUUAACUAGUUAUGUGUAGAUAGUAAUUUUAAAAUUGUUCCUUAUCACGUUCGAAGAAAUCCGGAGCUCUUAUCUUUC